GUUGGUGGAAAAGUUUAGUUAGGGUUUGACAAACACCCACUGCUCCUUUGGAGAAGAAGAAGAAGAAGAAGAAGAAUAGAGGCCAUAAAUCAAUCUCAUCCGUCGACUUCUCUUCUAUCUAUCUUUCAAUCGUAGCCGUUGAUCUUUGAUCUGCCUAACUAUUCAGGAGAUCAAUUGAGAGCUGCUCUUGGAUGUGUAUUCGAGCUUUGUUAUGAUAAGUUCAUAGCAGUGGAGUUCAUAUUAUCAGGGGAGUUAAUUCUUUAGCUUCUAUUGUUGAUUAAGAGAUCAAUUGAGAGCUUCUCUUGGAUGCAUUUUUGGGCGUGUUACGAUUAGUUCAUGACUGGUUUAUCAACUUUAUCAAUGGCAUGGGUGUGGUCUCUCUGAGGUGGAACCAAGACUGAGUUUUAUAUAACUGCUGUUAUCUUUGAACCUUUGUCUUUAAACCAGUGGAUAGGGAUUGAUCCUGUAGUAAGAAAUGGAAUCAAAAUUCGGAAAGGUAUUGGAUAGAAGCCGAAACAUUGAUGUUGACUUGAAGAGAAAGCGGGCAGCUCGAUGUGAGACCCAUCUCUUUGGGGCUACCCACAUGAUAUUGCCAGUUCGAUCCUCGCUGAAUUCAUCAAUCCACCCGCUUGGAAAGCGGAGGAAGAUAAAUGGUUCAAAAAUCAGGUGUGCUGGCGGCGAAUUUCACCAAAGAAAAUCUCUGCUUAGAUAUUAUCUCAAUUUAAGGAAAACUGGGCUUCCACAACGUUUGAUGUUCUAUCAAAAGGGUCAGUGGACUGAUUUCCCCGAGGACAUUGUGUCAAUGACUAAGCAAGAUCUCCUGAUAAAGAAAUCAGUGAUAGAGGUGGCGUUCAAUGGUAAAAAAUAUGUGCUUGAUUUCUUCCAUAUGAUGCUGUUGGACUUGAAGUCAGGUCUGCAGCAACCUAUUGCAUGGAUUGAUGAUGCAGGCAAGUGUUUUUUCCCGGAAGUCUUUGCUAGUUGUGAUGAACUGCAUGGGUGUUGUCACUGUGAAGACAAUGACUGCAUGGAUGGAGAUUCUGAGACAGAGGGAUCCAAUGAUCUUGAGAUGCGACUGGAGAUUGAAAUUAAUGGAGCAGAUGUAUCAAGUUUGAAGGAAGCUAGCGGAGAGUCCGAUGCUAUUGUUGAGCAUGUAAACUUUUGUCACAAACCUGCAGCCAAAUAUUGCAAUGCAAACGUUGGUGAUAAUUGUGUCAGAAUGUCAGGUACGAAAGCCAAGGAUUACUCUGGGGAAUAUCAUCAAAUGGUGGAAGAUGUUGUCGGCAGCUAUGACUCUAUGUGGGAACAUCUGGAACCUGAUGCUGUGGGUGAGAUGUUUCUCAAAGGUUUUAGUUCACCUGCUAGUGCAAAUGUAAUUGGAUUGCAGCGUAUUUCAAGUACUUUCAUGGAAGUUCGAAAGGAACUCUUUCAAAAGCAAGUGGAAAUUACGAGGAAGCAGCGUGGGGAUGCCCCUCUUAGUUAUGCUUGGCUUCCUUCUUCUAAAGGAAUGAUUACGAGUAUCAUGAAAUAUGGGCUUGCUAAUUAUGAUCCAUCCAGAACCAAGUCCAGAUACGGCAUUGGUGUUCAUCUUUUUCCUGCCAACUGUACUGAGAUCAGUGCAAAGUAUUCUGAUGUUGACGAAAAUGGUGUACAAUACAUGAUAUUGUGCCGUGUAAUAAUGGGAAACAUGGAACUAGUUUGUCCUGGAUCUAAGCAGUUCCAUCCCAGUAGUGAGGAUUUCGAUAAUGGUGUUGAUAGCCUUGAAAAUCCGAAGUGUUAUGUAGUCUGGAAUAUGAAUAUGACUACUCAUAUCUAUCCAGAAUACGUCGUCAGUUUCAAGUUCUCUCCUGAUGCUGAAGGAUAUCUCAUUGGAAACAAGAGCCCAACUGAUGUCUCUGCUGUCAGUAGUUGUCAGGGCCCUGUGUAUCAGGUACCAACAGAUACACUUCCUACUGACUUGGGAAGUGAUUGCUCUCAGAAUUCACUAGAGUUGGCCUCAAAAAAGGCUGCAAGGACUCCGAAAUCCCCUUGGAUGCCGUUCCCCAUGUUGUUUGCAGCAAUUUCGAAGAAAGUGCGUCAAGAGGAUAUGAACCUUGUUAGUAGCAAUUAUGAGUUAUUCAAGGGCAAGAAGAUAAAUAGGGAUGAAUUUGUCAGAAAGUUGAGGUUGAUCGUAGGGGAUACUUUGUUAAGGUCCACUAUAACUAGUCUUCAGUGCAAGGUACCACCUAAAUCAAUGGAGUUGGUCACUGUAAAGCAAGAACAGGAGAGUAUCUGCCUGGAGUGACGGUGACGGUGUCGGUUUUGUUUGUUGCUUCUAUGAACCAGCUGUUUUUGCUUCGCUAUAGUAAGUUGAUUAUAGACGUAUAUGUUGCCUUUUCCUAGAAUGUGCGAUACAAGGUAGUUUGGUACCUUUGUGAAUGUGAUAAGGGUUUAGUUUUCACCUGGCCAGAACUUUCUGAGUACUAUGGAUUUGAUUGCUGAAGUGAGUGCCUACAGAGCUGCACUUUCAGGCUACUAUUACUUUUAUAUCUAGCAAGGGGCUCUUGUGCAUAAAGUUUGUUAUACAGAGUUUAUUCUGAAAUUUGCUUGCUAGUACUCAAAACACUGUUAUGACAAUGUAUGAGAAUUGUGGGUAUGUGCUAUCUCAAGUACACAUGGUGUUUCUGGGUUA